AUGCGACGCCUGUGGGCGCUCCUGGGACUCGCAAGUGGCGUCGUUGCGGCAGCGUCGUGCCCGUACACGUCGCUGGGGGGUAGCGCGGUUCUUGCGAGCGACACCAACUGCGGCAGCGACGCGUGGUGUCUCCUAUCACCGGGCAACUGCUCGCGCCUCAGCUACACGUACUUUGCGUCGACGGACUCGUUCUGGGACGUCCAGGCCAUUGGCGACUUGACCAACUACGUCAAAGACGGCUUGUUUGUCCAGAGCGCGCCGCUCGCGCUCGACCUCUCGCAGAUGGUGCUUCCGUCGGCGCUACAAAGGCUGUACUCUGUCCGUCUCCUCUCGCACGCCUGCUGCAUUGCUCAGCUGCGUAGGCGCCUGCGAAACGUGGCGUCGUUGUCGCUGAGUCAAAUCACGUCGCCGUGGCCAGCGUUGACCUGCUUGGAGCUGAUCAACUGCAAUCUCGUGCGCUUCUCGUCGUCCUUCGCGUUUCCUCCGGGCCUCAAAUCGCUGUAUAUCACCAAGAACAUGCUCGUGCGCGUCCCGUCGAACCUGCCCGCGAGCAUUCGCAAGCUGGGACUUCAGGGCAACGCGAUCACGAGCCUCAAUGGGCUGCCGCCAACCGUGAUCAAUCUAGACGCGUCGUUCAACCAACUAACCGACGUCAGCAACGUCGACUGGCGCGCCGUCACCUCGGUGGAUCUCUCCAACAACCCGCUCACGGCGCUGGCCAACGUCCGCCUCGCGAGCCGACUGACAUAUUUCAACAUUGCCAACUGCUCGAUCGUGAACGUGACCAUCGACGCAGAGACAUUCAACGCGCUGGACGCACUCGCACCGUCGAGCGCGCUCAAGGACGACCGCGGCUAUUAUAGAUACGACCCCGACAACAACGUCAUCUACGUCGGCUACAAGGUUACGAGCACGAUCUAUACCGACACAGCAGCUUGCGAAGCCAACCACGGCUCGAUUCGCGAGCUGUGGGCAACGACGUCCGAGUACGACGUGCGCAUCUGA